GCGAUUUACUUUAUUUCGUAGCGGAACCAAUACCUAGGCUUAGGGUUGUUCACCCGAAGUGUUUUGCAAGAAGGACUGUAGCUUCGGUUCUGUGUCGUUCAUACUAAACUACAUGAUUCACAGUUUCAAAGAUUCAACAUGAUGAGGUAUUGGGGAGAGAUCCCGGGACCGGCUGCCGCCCCUCCUAGCCGCAGCUCCUUUGACCUGCUACAGCGCGAGUUUCGCUCCGUGGAGGUGCAGGACCCACCACUCCACCAGCCGUCCGCCCAGCGUCCCCGACCCACCACAAUGCUGGACAUCCCGUCCGAGCCCUGCAGCCUCACCAUUCACACAGUACAGCUGUGCCAGCAUGUCCGCCGCCUCCGUAGCCUGCUGACAGCUGCCCAGACACAGGGCUCAUCAACCUCUGAGGGCGGCAACAGACUCGAGGAGGCCGAUACAAACCUUCCCCUUCGACCCCCGACACCACCAGCCAUGCCAGACGACCUCUUGCCCCUGGACAGCAAAGCCCCACAGCAGCCCUUCCAACUCCGCCACAGCGAUCCUGAAAGUGAUUUCUAUAUAGGCAAAGGCGAGCCGGUGACGGAGCUCAGCUGGCCGUCCUGCCGGCAGCUGCUCUACCAGUCGGUGGCCACGGUGCUGGCCCACGCCGGCUUCCAGUCGGCCCAGGAGAGCGUCCUGGAGACCCUCACCGACCUGGUGCACGAGCGCUACCUGCGGCUCGGCCGGCUGCUGCGCGUGGCGGUGGACCGGGAGGCGCGCGUGGGCGCCAGCCCCUUCCCCGACGUGGUGGAGCAGGUGUUCCACGAGGUGGGCAUCGGCAGCGUGCUGAGCCUGCAGCGCUUCUGGCAGGUGCGCAUCAAGGACUACCACAGCAACAUGCUCCAGGUGAGCAAGGACCUGGCCGAGGAGUACGAGCGGCUGGUGAACCCGGAGAAGGCCCUGGAGGACUCCAAGCCCCCGCGGAUCAAGGAGGAGCCCCUGAGCGACAUCUCCUUCCCCGUCAGCGAGGAGCCCGAGGCCGACCCGGCGUCCGGGGACCAGGCCCUGCCCAUCGGUGUGCUGGGGGCCCACGGCGAGAGGCUCCCCGCGGGCCUGGACGGAGACCCCUCCCCACACGCCUCAGGCGGCGGCCGAGGCGGCAGUCCCUCUCUCUGGCCACACGUGAAGAUGGAGCCCCAAGAAGGGGAGGAGGGCCAGGGAGCCAACCACCACCACCACCCCCACCCUCACCCCCACCACCAGCCCCACCACCUGGGAGGGGACGUGUUUGAGGAGGGCGGGCCCAUGUCCACCAUGAGCGAGUCGGGCGGCGCCAUGGCGCCCUCUCCCACGGGCGGGGGGGCGGCGGCCUCGGACGGCAGCUACGCCUCGCACUCGCCCGACUCCCUGUUGGAGGCCUCGCCCGUCUUCAACCAGAGGCCCCGCAAGCGGGCCAAGAAGAUGUGAGGAUAAUCUCUGACAGACACACACACACACACACACACACACACACACACACACACACACACACACACACACACACACACACACACACACACACACACACACACACACACACACACACACACACACACACACACACACACACUUCGUCAACGGAGCUUGUCAAAGGCACUUGAGCUCCCGGCAAAGUCUGCCACGUCGGUCGAUCUGCCAUCUGACAAAUGGUGUGUCAGGCCGGUAAGGAGCGUUUUGCCGCACCACCGCUCCAGAAGAGUCGGGUGGACGCCGCAGCGGUUGGUGUGGGGAUGCUCCACCCUAUUAACACCGCACCUGGACGUGUGUAAGCCCUGCCAGGUGGUGAGGGGAACCCCAGGCUGUUACAGUGCAGAUCCACGAGGAGGUGGGACACACUAAAUCAUAAAAAGAGGGGGGGGGGGGGGGGGGGGGGGGGCUUAUUAAGUAUGUUGUGCUUCUUCUUUUUUUAUCUUGUGUUUGUGAAUGCAAUGUAUGAUCUAUGUUGAGCGUUUUGUAGUGGAAUAUAGGGUUUGUGAUUUAUAACUGAAAGUGUACUUUUUUCAAGUUUGAAAUCUAUAGAUGAAAUAUCUGAUGACUAGCCUAUGAAUCACCAUGGGUUGUUCAUUUCAUGAGCAUCUCACACCUCGUUUCUAUACCAAACUUGUUUGUUUCAUGCAGCAUACAGUAUAUCUUUAACGGCGUUAGCUUCUGCUGCUGAGUGCCUAGCUAUAAACACUCAGGAUGGCGGCAUCUGUUGUUGCAAAUAAGGAAAAGCUGUGAAUGCAGCUCCACAGUGUAAUGGCUUGGUUAUCUGCAUCAUAAAGAUGACAUUAAUCCUGCGGUAAUGGCUCAUUAAUUACAGCAUUAAUACAUUUGGCAUGCAAAAUUAGCAAGCACUUUUUAAAAGACUUCUCUUACUUACAAUCCCCUCCCCCCCCUUACAAUUUGAGCGAUAGACGGGUGCGUCCCUUUGACCCUGAGGACAAACUGAUUUGGUUGUUAUGAGUGCUUAUCUGUUUUCCUUCCACAUUUGUAUUGAAUUCAUUUGAAAUGAUGUUUAUUUGCACUGUCCCUAUGGUGCUGCGGCUGAAAUCCAUUAAAACAUUUUCCACUUAUUAUUAGUUUCCAGAGAAGAUCAAAAUGCA